AUGCGUCUGGUUCAGGGGACCAUGAAGUUCAACUCUAACGUCGCCUACUGUCCGCAGUCUGCAUGGCUGCAGAACGCUACUAUCCGGGAAAACAUUCUGUUUGGAAGAGAUUUUGAGAAAGAGCUCUACAGUCGUGUUACCCACGCCUGUGCCCUUGAAGCCGACUUUGCGUUGCUUCCCCAUGGCGACCUUACCGAAAUUGGCGAAAAGGGGAUCACCCUCUCCGGCGGGCAGAAGCAACGCGUGAACAUCGCAAGAGCGAUUUACUCAAAUGCCGGAAUUGUUCUUCUCGAUGAUCCUCUUUCAGCGGUUGAUGCACAUGUUGGGAAUCACAUCUUCAACCAAGCCAUCAGCGGUCUUCUGCAUGGAAAGUGCUGUGUGCUCGUUACGCAUCAACUGCAAGUUCUUCACCGAUGUGAUAGGGUCAUGUGGAUGACGAAUGGCCGCAUCGAGGCAGUCGACAAAUACGAAAGUCUUCUGGAAAGCUCAAUUUCUUUCCGAAGGUUCGUGCAAACGUCAGGUGUUGUGAGCUCUGACGAGUCGCAAGUAAAUGAUGAGAUGGAAGACAGCACUUGUGCUUCCAAGGAAUGCGCAGGAUUGCUGAACGACUCUGUCAGUGAUGACAACAAGAAGUUGAUGCAAGAAGACGUCAAGGCCGUCGACAGCGUUCCUUGGACUGUCUACCAUGUCUGGAUGAAGUCCUCCGGGAGUAUCCUGAACAUGGCAGCAGUGCUCAUCCUCAUGUGCAUAUUCCGAGCUGCAAACUUACUGACGUCGCUUUCACUAGCAUGGUGGGUAUCGGAUGCUUAUGGCCUCUCCCGCGCGUCAUAUAUUGGCUUGUAUGCCGGUCUGGGUGUCGCGCAAGCCGUUCUCCUCUUCGCUUUCUCCAUGGUCGUCUGCAUUGUGGGUACCAGAGCGAGCCAGACAAUGUCUAACGACGCGAUGUGGCAGAUCCUCCGAGCCCCGAUUGUGUUUUUUGACACCACACCACUAGGUCGCAUCAUACAUCGAUUUACGAAGGACGUUGAUACAAUGGACAACAGCCUCACUGAUUCCUUCAGGCAGUACCUCAUCGUACUGAGCUCCUUGCUUGGAUCUUUUGGUUUUAUCAUCGCUUACUUCCACUACUUCGCCAUCGCCUUGGCCGUUGUAUCCGUUGUCUUAGUCCUAGCUGUGUCUUAUUAUAGAUGCAGUGCCCGCGAGUUAAAGCGUUACCACGCGAUUCUCGAUGGGGCCGUAUUUGCGAAAUUCAACGAGGCACUCGUCGGCGCGUCCACGAUACGAGCGUAUGGACGCGAGGAGCACUAUGUCAGCGAUAUCUAUCGAGCCAUCGACGACAUGGACGGCGCCUACUUCUUGACCUUUGCGAACCAACGUUGGCUGUCCCUACGACUCGACAACCUAGGCAAUAUUUUGUCUUUCACGACCGGGAUUCUUGCUGUGACUACGACGCUGGUUGUGUCGCCUAGCAUCACUGGGCUCAUUUUGAGUUACAGUCUUAGUCUGGUUGGUAUCAUACAGAUUACGGUGCGAUACUUUGCCGACGUCGACAACUCCAUGUCCAGCACCGAGCGACUGCACCAAUACACAUCCUCACUCGCCCGUGAAGCCUCGCUCGAGGAGGACGCGUCUCUCCGACUCAGAUCAAGCUGGCCAGAGAACGGCGAGAUUGUAUUUGAAUCAGUGCAAGUGAGAUACAGGCCGGAGCUGCCCCUGGUCCUUGACAACUUUACAUUGACGAUUCGCGGGGGUGAGCGCAUCGGCAUUGUUGGGCGCACAGGUGCCGGCAAGAGCACCAUUCUCUCGACUUUGUUCCGGCUCACGGAGCUAAGCGGUGGCCGUAUUAUGGUUGAUGGGGUCGAUAUCGCUCAAGUUGGUCUGCACAGUCUACGCUCAAGGCUUGCCAUUAUUCCGCAGGACCCUACGCUGUUCCGUGGAACGAUUCGUUCGAAUCUGGACCCAUUUGGCAGACACAGCGAUCUUGAAAUGUGGAACGCCCUUCGUCAGGCCCAUCUCCUUCCUCGAGAAGACUCGUCUGAGGCCACUGGCCUCGCGUUAGGCGCAACAUCCGACGCCACCGACCAUAGUCCUCGCGACAUACAAACAGCCGCCCACCCCCCAGAGAACAACAGGGAAACACGGAUCACCCUUGACGCCAUCGUGGAAGAGGAAGGUCUGAACUACUCUCUCGGCCAGCGACAGCUGUUGGCCCUGGCGCGUGCGCACCUGAGGAACGCACGUAUCACACUCAUUGACGAGGGGACCAGCAGCGUAGACAGCGCGACUGAUGUCCUAGUGCAAAAGACUAUUGCUCAAGAACUUAGCAGCGGCAAGACUUUAAUCGCUAUUGCUCACCGUCUGCGCACCGUCCUAUUGUACGACCGGGUCUGCGUCAUGGAUCAGGGCCGUAUUGUCGAGCUAGGUCCGCCACUGGAGCUUUGGGGGCAGGCGGGAGUAUUUCGAGGAAUGUGUGACAGGAGUGGCAUCACUCGAGAGGACUUUUCCGUUGGAUGA